AUGGAGAAGUCUAGCAGUGAGGAGUCAGCUAUCCACAGGAGCCCUUCCAUAGACAGUCGAGAUUCAGAUUUCCCACAAGCUUCCACCUCUGGCCGCCCGUUCGGUGGCCGGGGAUUCACAGCCGGCGCUUUCUACGGCUCCACCGGACCGCGCAAAGCCACACCGACGCAACCGGGCCAGGCGGGUGCUAGUGCCGAUAACGUUGGAGCGGACAAAACGAACAAUAAAUACAGCUCGCCGAAAGGAAGCAAGUACGUGGUGUUUUACCUGGAUUUAUCGUUUGUGUUCCUUCUAGAAUUUAAGAAGUGCAACAUGGCCAGAGGGUUCCUGUGCUGCCUGAAGUACCUGAUGUUUGUCUUCAACCUCAUCUUCUGGUUGUGCGGAUGCGGCCUGCUCGGGGUGGGCAUCUGGCUGUCCGUGUCGCAGGGCAGCUUCGCCACCUUCUCGCCCUCAUUCCCCUCGCUCUCGGCCGCCAACAUGGUCAUCGCCGUGGGAGCCAUCGUCAUGGUUACGGGCUUCCUCGGUUGCCUCGGCGCCAUAAAGGAGAACAAGUGCCUGCUCCUGAGCUUCUUCAUCGUCUUGCUGAUCAUCCUCGUGGCAGAGCUCAUACUCCUCAUCCUCUUCUUUGCGUACUCAGAUAAGGUGAGCGAGAACGCCAAAAAGGACCUGAAGGACGGACUGUCUCUGUACAACUCUGAAAACAACAUAGGCCUUCGAAACGCCUGGAACAUCAUUCAAGCCGAGUGGAAGUGCUGCGGAGUCAUCGCGUACACAGACUGGCACGAGGCGCUCAAAGAGAAGGUGGUGCCAGACCGAUGCUGCCAGGAGCACUACCAAAACUGUGGCCGCAACUCUACCAACAUGUUCUGGAACAGGGGCUGCUUUGAGAAAGUGGAGGAGUGGCUGGACGAUAACAAACACCUGCUCGGAACCAUCGGCAUGGUCAUCUUAGUGGUGCAGCUCCUGGGCAUGGCUUUCUCCAUGACGCUGUUCCACCACAUCCACAGAACGGGGAAGAAGUACGACGCUUAGCCCGAGAGGAGGCCGCCAAUCAUGGGAUAAGACUCUGACGACUUACCCCCCCCCCCCGUCUCUCUCUGGAGCCUCCUAUUUGGUUUCCCUUCACUUUCUAGCCUCCCGUAGAGCCUCCCAAUCGCUCCUCUAGACUACUUUUUGUACAGAAUCCAGCUGUAUCCGCGUCUAUCACCAAUUCAUUUUUUUUGCCAAAGAGUAUGUGAUAACUGAAAGUGAAAGGACAGCGAUUUUGGCGAGGAAGAGAAUCCCAUUGGUUGCCACUCCUCUUAAGUGCUUUUUUUUCUUCUUUUGUUUUUUUUUUUUUGCUUGGACUAACAAUUUGCUGGAAGGAAAGACAUUACAAUGAAGACUUUUACUAAUGCUCACACCCCUCCAAUCCGAGGGACAGAGAAUAUUUAAGAACUGCUAUAUCCUCCACCUUAUACGGAGCAUUCUCAUAAUAAAUCCCAUUGUAAAUGUUCCAACAUGGCAUGCUAGUUUUCUACUCGUUUAACUUUCCUUUCCUUUUAUUUCGAAGGUAUGCCAUGCCGUGUGUGCGCGUGUAAGCGUGUUUGUAAGUGUGUGUGCGCGCGAUUGAGGUUUUGAAGCAUUCGAUUGCGUCAUACGUUGGGAGGAUGUUUAAUGUAUGCCAACUUUCAUCUUAUUUUCUAUUUUGUUUUUCGCGUCAAGUUGCAAAAAUUGGCAGGAUUUCAGAUGAGCGUUUUUGUGUCAGUGGAUUUAACCUUUGCGUUAAUAUCGAAAUAAGAAAUUGUGACGCAAAGUCCAGCGGGAGGCAUGUGUACGACACCGCGGCACAGUGAGCAGUGUUGGGGAGUAACAGAUUACAUGUACCACAGUUACGUAAUCAGAGUACAAAUUAUGAGUAACUGUAUUCGGUUACAGUUACUGUUUCAGUGAGUGGGAAUUGGAUUACAGUUACUUUGUUGAAAUAAAUGGAUUACACGGCAGGAUUUCAUAUUUUGGGCUAUAUCCUUUUUUUUCUCUAGGUCUAAACCAGGUCUAAACCAGGACUAAAACCAGGUCCAAACCAGGUCUAAACCUGGUCUAAACCAGGUCUAA